GUCGCGGACAUUGGUUGUCAACGGCUCUCCGCGAGGAGAGCACCCGAGAAGGGAGGGGGGAGGAACGGACCCCCCUCCGUUCUAACGGGCCUGAUUGGGCGGUUGGGGUUCCAAAGGGGUGUGGCUGGCUUUGGCCGAGGGUUAUAAAAACGUUUGCUGGGCACCGGCCACCCUCAUUAAAGUGAGGGUGGCAUAAGCGAGUUGGUAACAGCGUGGAGAAGGAGGAGGGUGGGGGGAACAUCUGGUUCCCCCCCGUAAAUGCAUGGGAAAGGUGGAACUUCUUAAACCCUAGUAUCUAGCGUUUUCUCAAUAGGGGUAGGGGGCUCCUGACCCAGGUUAGGAGUAGGCGCACGAUAUUUUAGGUGUUAGACUAAGGUGCGUAUGUGAGCCCUCUAAAGGUUGUGCUGUUCUACAAUCCUCUGUGCAGACCCUACACAAUGGUGAGUGGCUUUUGGCUCGUUUGCCCAUGCCUAAUUUGAAGUUUUCUCCUUGGUUCUGGGACCUACCAGAACUUGGUUGGGAUUGGUGGCAUGUGACUUUACUGCACAAUACUGAUCUAAGGUUCAAGGGAUGGUUAACAUGGGGAUCUGUUCAUAUUUGUGUGGCUGUAGGCAAAAUCCAGGAGUAUGGAGUGAAGCCUUUGGCUGCCUGUUUUCAGCUGGGUUCCAAGGUUAUGGUUUUGUUUUGGGGAAGGGAUCUGGGAGUGGGGUUCUGUGUAGGAUUUGCUUGUAAUAAGAUACUUGGAUUUAGCAUUGGAUAUAUGUCAGUGUUUGUGGCGCGAGUGGUGAGAAGCCUGUUGAAGUCCUGGUGUAGAGAAAGGGUGGAAUUUCCUGAUCUAGUGCCAGGCUUAGGGGUGUCAUGAUAGAGGAAGGAUCCUAAUAGAGGAGCUACUGAUGAAAUAUGAAGAGAAAGUGAAACAUUCAGAAGGAGCUUCUCAGUUCCUAAAGGAACUCAUCUUAUAAUAUGGUUAAAGAGGCCCAUAUUCUUUGGUGUGGAAUGAGUACACUGGAAAGGCAUUUAAAAAUGGAGGUGCAAGUAUAACAGAUGUAGUGAUGCCAGUUUCUCUGAGUAUUUGUCUAAAUUAAGCAGGGUGGGGAAGCUGUUAUUGGACUCCUACUGCCACCAUCUCUGACCAUGUUGACUGGGGAUGAUGGGAGUUGGAGUCCAACAGCUGGAGGGCCGCAGGUUCUCCAUCCCUGGUUUAAAAUGUCCGACUUCAUUAGGGUUUUAUAAGUGUUUAUGGGAGGAAUAAUUUUUGUAUAGGAGGGGUGGGCAGUUACCCACACUGGAAGUCAAACUUGAAAAAAACUUAAUUCCCCACUUGCCACAAUAUUUUCCAUCCUUUGUUACAACUUUGCUCCUCCUGUUUCCUUUCUUGGAUGUGUGAGCUGUGGCAUCCUUGAUGCAUGAUCCAUAUGAAAAACACACAUUAUUGAGAGUAUCAAGGUCUUUAAAAAAUCCUCAGAUAUUUAUUUGGGACAAUAGAUUCCUUACAGGGUAAAUAAUGCAUUUUGAUAAUAGCCACCUUUGCUUUUCUAGAAUUUGAUUACAUUCCCUGUUUGGAUCAUAUUUGUUGAGGCAUAUUUUAUAUUGUUUGAUUUAUAAGGGAAAGAAAGAAUGUAUUUUGUUUGAUUUCCAGGUGCAGGGCUAAAGGCCUAUUCCUUGCUGCAAACACAGAAAGUAAUCACUUGUACAAAAUAAUACAUAAUAGAAAAGGUGGAUUGUUCUUUUUACAUAUGGGGAAACAUAUCUCAGACAUUCUUUAUUAAGGCUGGAAUCCUGGGCAUUGAACACCAUGAGACUUGCUCCUGAAUAAACAUAUAGGAUUGUAUUGGGAGGCAUCUAGAGUUUGCUUUCUGAGUAGUUUUAUUCUUUCGUAGUAUGAGGAUUUAGGAAGAUACAGCAGUACUCUGAACAGUUUGUCUUCUCCUGCUCCCCCUUUCUCUCAAAGCAAAAUCUUCCAUGUUUGCAAACUCUUCUACUCAGUGGAGUUGUAAGAGUACUGCUUUAAGGUCUAUAAAGUUGGUUAGCCUUUUAAAAACCUUUUGUCUUGAUUUGUUCCAGUCUAGGCCUUUGGUUCCCUUGGGUAUAUGUUUCUAUGUGCAGUGCUGCAUACAUGUUUUUAAAUUUUCAUUUUGUAUUUGAGACCUGCGCAGUCCUUUGACCUCUUACAUGCUUUCAGAUGUGUUUAAUUGUAAACUCUUUCUCAUGGGACGAAUCCUUGGCAAGCAGUGUUCUCUCCUCUUCCCCAACCCCACCCCCCAGCAGAUGGUUUACACACAGGCAGCAGUUUUGUGUGCAGGGUAGGACUGAGCUUCCAUGAUAACUUUAUUUUUUUGUAAUCUAUCAAAAACCAUUAGUCGUUACUCAACACAUAGUAUAUGUGUGUGUCAGUGAAGGUUAAGCACUUUGUAAUUUAAGCAGAAGUGAUGACUUUUAUGGACGAAAUGAAAAUGUUCACGUAGAAAGCCAUACAUAGUGGUGUGUAAUAUUUUUCUCCUUGUGAGUGUGUUCUUUAUCUGUAAGCUCUUGAGUGUUGGUACUUUAUUUUACAGUUACUCCAAAGAGAUGCUAGGAUGCCUCCUCUGAUGUCUUCCUUUAUAGCCAAGGGUGAUGCAUUUUUGCCAUUUGGCAUCCUUACUAUUGGUUUACUCUUGAAAUGCCCUUUGGGGGCAGCAUUCCCACUGUUGGUGCCUUUGUGUUUUAAGUUCCAUUAGAAUGAGCCUGGCAUGGAAUCUGAUUUUUGUUAGCUUUGGAGGAUUCCAAGAAAAAAACAUCCAGCAACGUGGGACACAUUGCUUUGAUCCAGAAGGGAUCAGAAAUGGUAUUGUGGAGUGUCCUGUUUAAGUGUGGCCUCCUCUGUACUUUUGGUAAAGGAGGCUGUGGAUGUAGUUAACUAAUUAGACUAGCCUUGCACAACUUUAGGUCCCCUGGUGUUGUUGGACUAAAAUCAUCCCUGGCCACUGGUCCUGCUAGCUAGUCCAACAUAAUCUGAGGAUGCAAGAUUGAUAGAGAGUCUGAGUUAGACUGUGACCCAAAUGGUUUAUUUUUCAGUUUUGGGCUACAUGCUUUUGUGUCCAUGUACGCUACAGUAGUAAAACUUAGUUUCUAUUGGAGUCAGAGAGAGAGAUGGGAAAGAACUCCCCAGGGAGAGCUGGUACAUGUUGGAGGCUAGGUCAGCUUGCUCCUUUUAAAAUGGCAAGUGGGCAACCCCUUUAGCACUCUGAAAGACAUAUGUGGGCACCUUUAGGGUGUGUGCAGAAUUGGUCUGAGAAGCAGAGGCUGCAAAUAGCCACCCUAGGAUAUUGAACUGAGGUGGAGCGUUUGUAGAAAUGACAAUCAAGUAACAAAAAUUGUACACCCACAAAUACACAUUGUGUCUGAGGGAAAAGUUAAGGCAUACCUUGCCUAAAGACUUUGCGUAACCUAAGUACAAAAGGUUUUCUUCCUUUGCAAUUGUCCUGCUUUUGUAUGUCAAUGUUUGCUGGCAAUGCAGGCCACUUAAUUCCUUCUGACGGUGCAAAUAAGGAUCUACAGUUGACAGGUGUCAAAAUAUAAAUAAAUAGCAGUGGGGGGGCUGUUUAGAUGAGGUGUUCUCAGGAUUAGGGGGGGGUGAAAGGUGAGAGCAGACUUGCCUUCUCGUGUGUUUUCUUUCUCUCUAUUUCACUCACUCACUCUCUAUCUCUCUCUCACACACACACUGAAAAAGUGACUAACAGACCAAGAGAUCCUGUGUUUGUUUGAAUGGGGAAUCUCCCUUGCUUUGCCAGAUUAAAUCUCUGUUUUGAACAAUCAUGGAAUCCCUUGCCUUUGUCCAUUGGCUUAGUAAGUGAGGAGAGUGAAUUGGGAAACUGUAGGCCUGAGGCCUGCUCCCCAUCUCUUUCUGGCUACCUCAUGUGAGUUGGGGGUCACACACAAUCUGAACAGCCCCAAAGAAAACUGUCAUUCAGGUACCCGCUUAAUUUGUGUGUGUCUCUGCUUGCUUUCACCCCCGUUUCUCACCUGAAAUUAAAAACAUACAAACCCGUGUGUGCAAAAGAGGGUUAGAAGAAGCCCAGCCACUCCAGAUUUGCUGUGUUUGAUAGCUGUGCUGCAAUAUUGGCAGCAGGCUUUUGAGAAGUCAGAUUCAACUUUUGCUGUGAAAGCUACCUUGCUAGUGUAUUUUCUCAAUCCAUCAUUACAUUUUGCUCUUGCCUCUUCUCCAAGGAGUUCAAGGGCUGUGCCCAUGAUUCUUGUAUUUCACUCUCCCCUGUUUUACCCUCACAAUUAAACUGUGAAGUAGGUUGUUCUGAGAGUGUGUAAUCGGCCCAAGGUCACGCAGUGGGCUUUGUGACUGAACUUGCCUCUCUGAUCCUAAUACAGCCCUCCCUGUCCUCUGUACCACACUCACCCACAUUGGCUUUUCUCAAGUAGCAGCAUUUGCCUUGGGGGUGGAAGGGUUUUACGUAGGAUUUGACACUGUCCCCACCAAUUAGUACUUUUGAAUGCUGGGAUUCUUGAGCCUACGUGACUUUGGCUCUUUGUAACACAUCUAGCCUUGUUGUCUUGACAGUUAUGAGAGUUUGUGCUCCACCAAAGGACUGCGAGCGCAGGGCUGCAAAGUAGCUGCUUCCCAUCCCUUCCUUCCUCAGCCCUGGAAGUUCCACUCAGGCAGUUUUGAGGAGGAAUUGUGCCUGUGCUUUCAAGAAUUGCCGCUAUGAGGGAUGUAAUAUUGCUUUAAAAUACCAUUGGGCUUCUGAUCCCUUUGGAAGCAAUUGAUAAAUGAAACAAGAUAAAUCAAUUUUUGCAAACAAGCUGUUCCUUUUUCUUUUACUCUGUCUAAUUUGAUGCGCCUUUGCUAUUUGGGAUGGGUGUGUCUUCAUGUUACUCUUCCCAUAUGUGUUUAUUUCUGCCUUGCAACAAAGACUCUGUAUACAGUGUAGUUGCCCUUGAGCUUAUGUGCACACAUAUAUAUAUAUAUAUAUAUAGUGUUAAUUUUAAUUUUAAAAAGGGCUCUUCCAGUUUAUAAAGCAUCCCUGGUUCUUGCUUGCCAUGUGCAGGCAGGUGAGUGGCUGUUCAAAAGUCCAUUUUAAUUUGUGCUGUUUUGCCUUGGAUCUCUCUCUCUCUCUCUGAGUCUGUGUGUGGGUGUGUCUUUUCAGGCUAGAGGUACCGUAUUUUUCACCCUAUAGGACGCACUUUUUCCCCUCCAAAAAUGAAGGGGAAAUGUGUGUGCGUCCUAUGGGGCGAAUGCGGGCUUUCGCUGAAGCCUGGCUUCAGGAAGCUAUCCGCAAGGCUUGGGAGCCCGCGGGAGUUCCCGCCGGGCUCCCCCGGCUUGCGCAGCGCUGCCUCUUAUCCCGAAGCCCCGGCGCGCUGAGCAGUCGCGCAGGGGCUUCGGGUAGAACUGCGCAAGCAGUGGGAGCCCUCCCCCGGCUUGCGCAGCACUGCCUCUUAUCCCGAAGCCCCGGCGCGCUCAGCAGUCGCGCUGGGGCUUCGGGUAGCUCUGCGCAAGCCGCAGGAGGGCUUGCGGAGAGCAGCCUGUUCUGGGGGCUGGGGUUGGGGGAAGCUUGGGCUUCCCCCGCCCCAGCCUCGCGCCUUGGGGGGCGAAAAUAAUUUCCCCCCCUUUAUUUCCCCCCAAAAAAAACUCAGUGCGCCUUAUGGGCCGGUGCGCCCUAUGGGGCGAAAAAUACGGUACAUGGUUUUUAGUGGAGAGAAAUUAGACUGUCUUUGGGUUUUGCAGUCGGGGGCUCAUCAACAAAAAAUUACUUUAAAAAUAAGACACGCAUAAUUCUUGGUGAAUGAGAGUUAAUCAGAAGAAAGUGCAUUUUGAAAUGGAUCCUAUGUUUUGUCAUCAACCUGCUGCAUGAAACGGCUUUCAGGGAGCCUACUUGUGAGUAAACAUAGGAAGCAGACCGCGUUGCUGCUUGAAUUGGCAGGUUCUUGUGGGUUAUGGGGAGAUUACUUAGGAGUAAGCAUUUCUAGUGGCAUGCUGGCAGAAGACAGUGUUCCAGUGACAUGCCUUGGAAAGCAAGUAGCUAUUUAAUGAUUCACUGACUUUGCUGGGAGAAGACUAGGAAGUGGAAGCUUAUUUUGGAUGGUGGUGUUUCUCCACAGGUGUGUGUGUGUGUGUGUGUGUGUGUGUUCCAAGGCAUUGGAACAUUGUUUGACCCAAGUAAGCACCUUUUACAUGCACUAUGCUUUCCUUCCCAUUCCCUCCUCCAAGUAAAUCUGAGUAUUACUAGUGCCUAGAGCUGGCCUUCCUGUUCUGUGUUGCUGGAGGCUCUUGGGUAGAUCUCUUGGUCACCCUCUAUGCAACUUUUCGGGCAUUCUGCAGCACAUUGUCACUCCCAAUUUUGGUCAGCCCUGCCCCCUUCAAGAGCAGUGGGUGGCAGAUCCAGGCAGGGACUGUAUUUCAGCUAAGAACCAUAUUCUUCUUUGCUUUUCCCCCUCCCACCCUGCAGAAUUCCAAUGUAGAAAAUUUGCCUCCCCACGUGAUUCGGCUGGUCUACAGGGAAGUCUCCACUCUGACCUCAGACCCACCUGAAGGCAUCAAAGUAUUCCCUAAUGAGGAGGACAUCACAGAUGUGCAAGUUACCAUUGAAGGACCUGGUAAGAAGGGGCACGUGGAGUUUGCUUUCCGAGACUCCUGUUUUAAAAAAGCAUGUGGUUAGGAGGCAGAGGGCAGUCCCUGCAUCAAGUACAGCAGAGCUCUAGCUUAUGGGUUGUUGUGAAAAGGGCAACAGUGCCAGGUGGCAUUGUCCAAGCAAGAAUGGAAAGGUGACUCUUUUAAGGGGUUGUGGGGCUCUUCUCCACAGGCAGCCUAAAUUUAGCUUCCCGUCAAUAUUCCUAUGUUGUCCAGGAGAGCUUGUUCCCAUCACCUGCUUCCAGGAUGGGGAAAGGAGCUCUCUUCCGUACCUCCUGUGAGAGAAUCCAGAUACCUUUCUGCUGCUUAUAGCGUGCAGGUAUUUACAGUGGUACCUCUGGUUGCAAACGGGAUCUGUUCCGGAGCCCAGUUCGCAACAUGAGCAAAACGCAACCCGCGUGUGCAUGGGUCAUGAUUUGCCGCUUCUGCGCAUGCGCGUGACAUCAUUUUGAGCGUCUGCGUGAGCGGCGAAACCCGGAAGUAACCCUUUCCGGUACUUCCGGGUUGCCACAGGAUGCAACCUGAAAAGAUUUAACCUGAAGCAAACGUAACAAGAAGUAUGACUGUAUAUUAUAUAUAUGUAUGUAUAUAUAAUACAUAUAUAUAUUUAUAUAUUCAUAUAUUCUAACCUUGUGGUUAGAAAUAAGACAGUUGGGUGGGGUCUUGUAGGCGGGGGAAGCUCUGGAACCAAGCCUUGAGCCGUGGCUCAGUGCAGACAUAACACUGAAAUGGAAUACAGGAGGUCAGGACUAUUGGGGUGUAUCCAGUUAAAUUAUACUCUGAGUAGAUGUGUUGAAAUUAACGGGCCUGUGUUGAUUAUGCCCAUCGAUAUCAAUGGGUCUAGGGCUAACAUUGGAGACAGCCCAUUUGGCCAGUGUAAUCUCUUUUAGCAGAAGAGAAGUUUCAAUUCUCUAGGAAUACCAAGUUCUCAGUUUCCACAGCCCGGCCAUAUACUUUCAGACUUCUAGCAAUAAAACCAAAUUAACCCCUUUCCCACCCUUGGUUCUAAUAAAUGUUCAGGAGGGUCCAUAUCUACCAAAGUUGAGGUCCACUGUUUUCAACUGGUGAAUGAAUCUUUGAGCCCCAAACUGGAAAUUAAAAGGGAAAAGAAAAAUCUAGCCCCUAUUAAGCUUGUGCUGAGAGGAGUAAAAAUAUCUGCCUUGCAAGUAGACAAACUUGCCCCAGAAAAGGGCUUGAGGUGAAGGCUAAAAGAGAAAGAGAGGGGGGAAAACCAGACUUAUUAUUUAGCUCCUUUAAAAAAAGAAGUCAGCAAGCCUUCAGUAUUCAGGAGAGUUGCUGGAGAAAAAGCAAAACUGGGCUAAAUAAUGCUAAAAAGGAAGCAAAAUUAGGGUACACUUUAGUUUUUUCCCUUCAGUUACACACACGUGAAUAAUAAUACUCCUUAUUAAAAAUUAGCCUUUCAUUAAUUUAUAAUGACAAUCCCAAAUUUCUGGAUUGCUUCUUCUCUUUUUCCUCCUUGUACACUAAGAAUCCUUCCUUAUCACAGUUGGGUUGUAAAUAUUGUUGAGACCAAGAGGAACCUUGAAACUUUUUUGUAUCUCUUUUGUACUCUGUCUAUCUGAUUUCUCAACCUCAUUGCCCAAAGUGGAAUCUUCUACAGUAUCUCUAAACGUGGUGUUUCAGAGAGAGAAGAGUUCUCUAAUGUAACAGAGGUAUGGUGGGCUUUAUCUAACAUUUGGGACAUUCUCUCUUAACUGAAGAGAAGAUUCAGUUUUCUUGAAAUACCAAGUUAUCAGUUUCUACAGCAAGACCAUAUAAUGUCUGUCUUCUAGCAAUAAAACCACACCAGAAAUAAAAUGGGAAAACAGAAACGUUUUGCAUUUUAAUAUAACAAACUCAUAAUUUUAUCUGGGCUUAUAUAAACUUUAACUUUUAACUAUUAACUUUUAAAAUGUCAUCUUUUUUUGUCUUGUGACCAACCAGAGCGUUCUAAAAGAUAAACCUCUCUUCCCUGAGUUUAUUCUGUGUAUACUUAGGCAGCCACCAAAUAGCAUUGAAAGGCAUCAUUCACUUCACUCCUGCAGUGCCCAUUUCAUGUUUUAUAACCCUCUUUCAUCCCAUAUCCUAUGGUUUAUGAUAUUUGCUAUGCUUUUCUAUUAACCACUACAUUCCAGUUUAAUUAAAAAUAAAUAAAUAAGGAACACAGAACAUGCCAAGUCACAAAUCACUGUAUUAAGUUCUGGGACUUCAGAUACAAUACAUGAAAAGAAGAACAGAGGUUUUCUCUGAAUUUAAGUAGGGCUGAAUCAGGAAUAAAAGUUUAUUCAACAGUAAUAGGAGAAAUUUCUGCUAAUCCAGAGACGUGAGGAUGAUGAUAAUAUCAUCAUCAACCAUUGUUGCCUCAGAACACUGUCCAAGAAAAUAAUAAUUCAGGAUUCAAAUUACGUUCCCCUUCUUUUCAGUGAAAAUUCCACAGUCUUUGACAAGGCAUAUCAUUUGUUGGGGGGCGUUAUAAUGCUGUGGUCUAAACCACUGAGCUUGCUGAUCAUAAGGUUGGCAGUUCGAAUCCCCCCGAUGUAGUCAGCUCCCGUUGCUCUGUCCCAGGUCCUGCCAACCUAGCAGUUCGAAAGCACACCAGUGCAAGUAGAUAAAUAGGUAUCACUGCAGUGGGAACGUAAAUGUGUUUCCAUGCGCUCUGGCACUCAUCACGGUCCUCCGUGCGCCAGUAGCGGUUUAGUCAUGCUGGUCACAUGACCUGGCAUGCUGUCUGUAGAAAAACACCGGUUCCCUCGGCCUGAAAGCAGAGAUGAGUGCCACACCCCAUAAUCUCCUUUGACUGAACUUACCUAUAAUGUGUUUGAGAGGGGGGAGUUAUUGGAUUGUUCUUGUUUUUAUUUUGAUUAUGUAUUCUGUGUUUUUAUAUCAUGAUUUUAUCUUGUGAACCACCCUGAGACCUGCAGGUAUAGGGUGGUAUACAAAUUUUUACAAAAUAAUUUGUUCCCAACGUGGUACAGAGCACCAACCACAUCAUAAAACAACACUCAGAUACCAAUAGCUUGGCCAGCAUCUUUUUUAGCUCCCAAGGUCUUGUGGAUCAUCAUGGCUGCUGUAGAAGAUGAAAUCUAGAGGAGGCCAUAUUGGCGUUCUCAAAAAAUAGAGAAGGGGUAAAGGGAGCACUCCUUGGGAUCAGGCAGACAAAAAAGCAAAAUAGUUAGCUGGACAUCAGAGAUAACUGAGCUAUGGUUUAAACCAUGUGUGGGGUACAGUGAGUGGGAGAUGCCAUCCUGCGGUAUUGCUGAGACAACCCUUCUCCUGUUCCUGCUGCAGAGGGUACCCCAUAUUCCGGUGGCCUCUUUCGCAUGAAGCUCAUCCUCGGCAAAGACUUUCCAGCCAGCCCACCCAAAGGCUACUUCCUGACCAAAAUAUUCCACCCCAACGUGGGGGCCAAUGGCGAGAUCUGCGUCAACGUCCUCAAGAAGGACUGGAAAGCGGAACUGGGCAUCCGACAUGUCCUGCUGGUGAGUGGUGGUUUAUACUGGGUUACAUCCCAAAAUGGUAUGUUUGGGUCCUGAAUUGGGUUGUAACAAAAUUGUUAAUAUUGUUAAUUCACCUGGUCAGACUUAUUGUCCAGUACUUUUUAUACUGAAUGGCAUUGGUGUGACAGGGUUUCAAGUAGGCAGAUACAUUUCUUUUGCCUGACGCCUAAGAUCCUUUCAAUGGGCAGUACCAGGGAUUGAACUGCAUGCAAAACGUGUCUCGCCUCUGAGCCGUGGUUUGCCCCUGUCAUUGGGAAUAUGACCAUUUUUUUAUGGGUUCUUCCCCUGCAAGUGGAUAGGUCUAGGCAACUCUCUUAAUAUUUUGGCAGUAUGUUGAAGUAUUUAAAUUGAAUGAAUCAGUUAAAAGGGAGGUGACGAUUAAGUUAAAAAACACCUUAGUCAGCGGCCAUUAAAACUUGCUCCUUUCUAGGUUUUCUACCAUCUUUCCAAUCUUUAAGUUAGGUAACUUUUGAAGCAACAGAGAUAGGACUCUGUGGGAGCUUGGGAUAGAUGAUGCCACAGUAUUUAGGUGGUCCUGGGGCCCCAGAAUAUUGACUGCUUUUUCCUGGAUUUGAAUUGCAGCUCUCCAUCAUGGUGACUAAAUAAAAAAACAGACCGCAAUGCAGGACAGAUCCUGUUGUCUGUUCCACCUCAGAAUGUAUGAGAGAAGAAUCUUGCUUUGAAAUCAUCCACUUUUAAUAUCCCUGCUAGUAAAACGCUUGCACAUCAGGAAGGUUGCUUGCUGCUUCCUUAGCCUUUUCUCUAAUGCAUUCACUUCCCAUAAGCUUUGAGCUUUUGACAGGCACUUUCAAACCAGCAACGCUCCUUUUUCACAAGCACAUAUCUGUACCAAGGUGAUAAUAGAGUACCUUGUUCCUGGUUCCACUUUUUAAUCUGAAUCUGGUGUCGGGCUGAGAGUGAGAAGCUUCUGCAGGCAGAACUCUGAACUCUGCUUCAGAGUUAUGCCCCAUCUCUAGGACUGAAUGAUUUCCAAAGGGCAACUUACAACACAUGAAAAGAGCCUUCCUCAGCUUGAUGCCCUCCAGAAAUUUUUGUCUACAAUAUCCAUCAGCCCCAACUGCUGGCCAUGUCAGCUGGUGGGGCCAAAGGGAGCUGCAGUAUGAAACAUCAGGAGAGCACCACAUUGGGGAAGGCAGCCAGUGUGGUAUAAUGGUUAGAGUGCUGGACUAUGACCUGGGAGACCAGGGUUCAAAUCCCCACUCAGCCAUGAAGCUCUUAGCCUAACCUACCUCACGAGGUUGUUGUGAGAAUGAAAUGGGGAGAAGGAGAACCUUGUACACCACAUUGACCUCCUUGGAAGACAAAGGUUGUAUAUAUAAAUGGAAUAAAUAAAUAGAAAUAAAUCCAGGCAGUGUGUAAAAGGGUGCCUAGCAGCUUGUCACCCACUGACUGCUGACCGGAGUCAGUGCAUCUUUCUCCUCACUUUAGCAGUCCAAAGACAACCAGUUUGUGAAGCAGAUUUAUUGCUGGGGUAGAGGGAAGCAGCAGCCAAGCAGUGGCUGAGACCAUGCUGGUCUUCCUCCUGUCCUUCUACUCUUCCUGGGAGGGAGUGGGCACAACUUCCUGAGACGCCCUUGUUUGGCUGGCCAAUGGCAGAGCUCGCUGGAUUCUUUCAUCAUCAUCAUCAUCAUCAUCAUCAUCAUCAUCAUAUAUUAUAUCCUGCCCAUCUGGCCGGGCCUCCCCAGCCAUUCUGGGUGGCUUCUAUCAGGAUAUAAAAAGCACAAUAAAAAUCAAACAUUAAAAACUUUCCUAAACAGAUGUCUUCUAAAAGUCAGAUAGUUGUUUAUUUCCUUGACAGCUGGUGGGAGGCUGUUCCGCAGGGUGGGCACCACUGCCAAGAAGGCCCUGUUCCUAACACUGAUAAUGUCUCUCCUUCCCCUGGUUCUGACUGCCCUCGCUCCUUGUUCCCCUUGUAGACCAUCAAGUGUUUGCUGAUCCAUCCCAAUCCAGAAUCGGCCCUGAAUGAGGAAGCAGGGCGCCUCCUGCUGGAGAACUAUGAGGAAUAUGCCUCCCGGGCCCGCCUCCUGACGGAGAUCCAUGCCCAGCCUUCGUCCGGCCUGCGCACCAAGGACCCUGCCGAGCCUUGCUCUUCUUCGGCCGGUGCCUCGGGGGAAGGCCCCAUGGCUAAGAAACAUGCAGGCGACAGGGACAAGAAACUGGCCUCCAAGAAGAAGACCGACAAGAAGCGAGCUCUCCGGCGGCUUUAGGGGCCAGUGGGGACGGGGUGGGGUCUGGCGCACGGGGGGGUGGGUGUGGUGGGCAUUGGGGUUCCACAAGUACAUUCUCCAUUUCUCCUCUCUCUUCCUCUCCCACCUUCACGUUGAGGCUGCAGUCCAAGUCUGUCUCGCCCUUGUCAGAUUUUUCUUCUUUUCCGUCUUUAAGUUAUUUAAAUUAUAAAAGCAGGAAAAUCUAUUAAAUGCCUUUUUUUUCUUAAGAAGGCUCUUAAUGUUUGGUUGUGCCAUCAUCUAAAACCAGCGGCCCACGUUGAGAAUGCUCUGCCCUUACCGUUAAAAAGGAUGUUAAUAGAAGCGCAGAGGAGCAUCGAAAUAAGAGGAUCGGAAAUGGGGAGCAUCUUCCUUUUUGACGGAGGGCUUUAAAAAGAGGUUGCUGCUUUGCGGUUGGGGGGGGGGAGAUAUCAAAGAAGAGACUUUAUAGAGGUAGAUAAGAUUGUGAACCGUGAGGAGCAGGUAAAGGGAAAGAGGAUUCUUUACUGUUGGACUUCAGGAUUACUUUGCUGAAAUUGGUUGAUGAAGGAUAACGAGAAUGUUUCUCUGCACAACACAUAAUUAAGGAAUUCAUUGCUCCGAGUUGUGGUUUUGACCACUAACUUAGUUGUUUGUUUGUUUUCAAAAGGAAGCUGGGCAAAUCUAAGCAAAGAAGGUUCUUUCUAUGUGCGUGCUAGCCAUGCAAGCUAAAUGUGACCUCUGUUUAGAGGCAGUAUGUUGGGGUGGCCAUGGGCUUUCCUGGGAACAUCUGGUUAGCUGCUUUUCAGGCCUUUGGCCUAAUCCAGCAAGGACGUUCUUAAGGCAAGUCAGCAGAGCAGAGUGAUCUCCCUCUGUGUCCAAAUGAAUUCGCUCAUUCAAAAUACUGGCCUCUGCAUCCCUUGCCACCGCGACCCCUUAAACUGUCCUAUGGCACCGGUGUUAAGCUACCUUGAUGUGGGAAGAGGUGAUGAAUGCUGAGAUUUGUUAUGACACGAGGGGCAUCUGAACUGUUCCACACAUUAGCUGGCAAGUACUUAAAUGAUUUAAUGGAACAUGUGAAUUUCUUCUCCCUCCAUCAGUGUCCCAGUUGUAUGCAUUUGUGUCAUAAAAAUGCAGGUGCAGCUUGGGACAAUACUAGUACGGUUGUCCUUACCCAGUUCUGUAGUUUACACACACCCACCCCUCAGCAGUACACAACAUGCCAGCAGCAUAAGGUAGCCCACAGGGUUUUUUAAGGGCCUUGUGGUGCACCCUCUGGCUGGCACAGCCAGAGGUGUUUGACAGGUCAAGGGGCUGUUUGACAGGUCUCCACAGUUCCUUGUAUGCUAAUGUGCACACACAUUUCUCAUGGGCUAUACCGCAUGGUGUGUGCUUCUUUGUGCACACAGAACUUUAACAACCGUCUUCCCUCCCACAACUGCCACCACAGGGCUAGGGGGGAAACAGAUCUGGCUUUUUAGAAGUGUUUUACUUCCUCCAUAGUUUUUCCCCUGUAGCUUAUAUUUACUAUUUUAUUAAAUAAUUUUUAAUAAUGUUUAUUUGAAAUAUUUUCGUGUAAAGACAUUUUGAGGUUCACCUGAAAAGCAGUAUAUAAAUAUUUUAAAUAUUUUUUGAAUAUACCGCUUUUCUAAAAGACAUGGUGCAGAGUGGUGUACAAAAUUAAAAACAGAAAAGCAAUAAAGUUACAAUUCAGUUGCAGUUCAACAAUCUAAAGCGAUCGACAAACACCUGUUGCCAGGUAGGGGCUAUGAAACGUCUUAAAACAGCACUAAAAGUAUUUGUUAAGUCUUCAAGAGAAGGACAAGAACGAUAAAGCCUGGCACCACCAACGGGAAGGCCCUGUUUCUGGCACUUGUCCUUUCAACUUCAUGUGUUGGUGGGACAGCAAACAGGGUUCUUGAACCUGAUCUUAAUUGCGAUGCAAGUUUAUAUAGGCAUAGAUAGUCCUUAAGGCAACUUGGUACCAGACAGGAAUGUUUCAGUGUGAGUCGAUGUCGUCCUUUUGGACUUGGGUUUAAACUUUUAGUUGGGAAAAGUCAAAGUGCUUGGUGAACUCUCUAAGUGGUUUGUCACCAAAUGCAGGUCACAGAUAAGUCAUUCUGCCAAUUCAAACUGGGUUCAUCUGCUAACCUGCAUAAACAUUAGCUGAGCACAUAAAGCUAUAUGGCAAAUUAAGUAAUCUGAUGAACUCUUGGGUAAGCUUGAUUUGGAGGUAUGAAUAUAAAAAGUUCCUGAAAUGAGGCUGAAAACCAGUCUUAUAAUUCAACACUGAAAGCUGAACAACUGAAAUGGUCACUGGCUGGAGCACCUCUCCAUGCGGAAAAGCAAUAUUGGGAGCUUUUCAGUUUGGUGUAAUGGGCAUUUAUUUUUGGCAUGCCUAUGCUGCCCCCAUUACCAGAGUCCUCUAGGUGGCUUGGUUUUUUUUAUA